AUGGUCGCGCUCGGCAAGAAUGCCACACCCACGCGCCGCACCGGCAAUGGCAGGGAGGUAGAAGGCUCUGUAGCCCUUAAGCCGCACCGACUGGCCCUCACCCAGGAGUGUCUCCUGCAGGAGGACGACAUCGAAGCCGCCGGUGCCGAGCGCAGCCCGCAGGAGGUGGACCUUACUCCACACGCCACAGACGUUCCACUGGAGGAUGCUCAGCGGCCGCCCCUCGCGGACGCCGCCGGGGUGGACACGGGGGCCGUCGCGAGGGUGGGCGCAGGGCCGCGGCGCCUCUGCUCCACCUUCCGCUUGGGCUGCGGGAUGCGGGAGCGCGGCGGGACUGUGCGCACCGGGACGUGCGACCGUGGUGGGGAGCGGCCGAUGGCGAAGCACUCCUCUGCUGUCCCUGGCUCUGACCCCGGCCCCGCUGUUCCUACCCCUGCUGCCUCUGAGUCUGUCCUCGGCGACGGCUCUCUCCUCGCUGACUCUGACUCCUGCCCUGGCAGCCCCGCUGACUCUGACUCUCGCCCUGACGGCCCCGCUGACUCUGACUCCGACUCUACCGGCCCUCCCCCUGCUGACUCUAACUCUAGCCCCGGCUGCUCCGCUGCUCCUCACUCCGCCUCCGGCCGUGAUGUCCAGCAUAAGCGUGCCCGCUGCUCCUCCUCCUCGUCCGCUGCCUCCUCGAUUGAGGACUUGCCUCCUGAUGAGCCCGCCGCCCCCUCUGCUUCUCGGGCGUGUAAAUCGCGGAGAGUUCAUGAUCGAAUGGAGGACUCUGAGUCGGGGUUGAGCUUGACAUCUUCAUCUGAGUCAGAGAUUGUCGUAGAUGUCCUCGACGGGGUGAGUGCUCCUUCACCCACCGCGCCCCCCAUCAACGACCCUGCGGGUGAUGACGGUUGGCAAACGGUGGGCCCCAAGCGACAGCGUCGCUCCUUACCGGCUGAUUCUGCCUUGUCCGCCGGCGCUUCUACCUCGCUGCCCCCUCGGCACCCCUCUCGCCCCCAGUCACCUCUGCCCCCGCCACCUCGGACUAUGAACGCCCCUGCCGCUGCUCAACCCGCUUCGCUGCCGAAGCUGCUCAUUCCGGCGACUGUUGGCUUCGAAACAACCCUCGACCUCGCCGAAGCACUGGAGCAACAGCAGGGCGAACGCCUCUCGCUCAAGUUCCUGGAGUCGGGGUGUGUGUUGAUCACCCCUGCAGACAGUGCCCAGCACGACACCCUGCUCCCGGUGAGGGAGGUAUCCGGCGUACCUGUGCAGCUGAGGGUGGCCCCCGGGGCGAACACCAAGGGCGUGCUGCUGGCAUACCCUGUUGCCAUGCCCCUCAAGCCACUGUUGCGCCAUCCACGCGUGUUGGAAGCAGUGCGCUGCACUACCCGAGACGGGCCGACGCGCCAGGUAUUCGUCACUGUCGCGGGGCCGCUGCCGGGCUCGUUGGACCUGGGGAGCUGGAGGACCUUCUACACGCGCCCCUACAGCAAGGAGCCCCUCAGGUGCUACAAUUGCCAGCAGUUCGGCCACCACCGGGCCAGGUGCAGCCGUCCCCCGGUCUGCGGCAUAUGCUCUGCCAGUCACGACACGGAGCGGUGCCUGUCAAAGUACAAGACUGGCCAGACCAUCACCAGCAGAUGCCCGAAUUGCCAGGGCGAACACCAUGCCUGGAAUCGGGCCUGCGCCAACAGGCGAGAGCUGGUCGAGAAACAGCGCACUGUCCAACAGCGCUGGGCUGCCCACCAGCCAUCUCUUACACCCCCUUCACCAGCUCCGUACGAGGAGAGCUUCCCUCCCCUUACCCCACGCCAUCUGCCACCGCCUCCACCGGCCCAGCUCACCUCUCCCCAAGCGCCCAACGCCAGCCGCAAGCCACGCCCCCUCACUACAGCAGCUCCCACUGCCGCCCCUCCCGGCUGUCUCCUCAUCACAAGGGAGAUGAUGGUGGGACUCUUGGAAGGCUUCGGGCGGAUUAUCGCAACGGCACUCAAGUCGGACGUCGAGCCGAGAGUGUUUUCGGACGCAGCGCAGCAGGUGGUGGGAAAUCUCUUCCCGGAAACGCCGGCCCAGCAAGCUGCCGUCCCUCCUGUGCAGGCUCCUUCCCUCGGCGGGCCAUCAUCAACCCCACCUACACCGACCCCUCGUGCUCUGAAAACUCCCCUUCCACCUCCUCCUGCCCCCGUGCCCGCGAGCAGCUCCGCCCUCCUCCCAACCCCUCCGGCCGUUGCACCCAGCCAGCACCAUCCGUUGGUAGCUCCGCCCCCGGCUCCCACCUCCCUGAACGAGGGCGGGCUACCGACCCGGCCAGGGAUGGCCCGAAUCCCCUCCGUUCCGCUCCCCUCCCUCCGACUAUCAGGGCUGGACCCCAUCUAA